UGUUCUUCUGUGAAAACCAAGGCCAUAUAUAACAAAAACUCGAACCCAUCUCAGUGAAAGAAAGAAAGAAAGAAAGAAAAAGCUCUGUAACCAUGGAGAGCACAGACUCAUCCACCGGUUCACAACAACCGAACCUGCCACCUGGUUUCCGGUUCCACCCAACCGAUGAGGAGCUCGUGGUUCACUACCUUAAGAAAAAAGCUGCAUCAGCUCCUCUCCCAGUAGCCAUCAUCGCCGAGGUUGAUCUCUACAAGUUUGAUCCAUGGGAGUUACCAGCUAAGGCAACGUUUGGGGAACAGGAAUGGUACUUCUUUAGUCCUAGGGAUAGGAAGUAUCCCAAUGGUGCUAGGCCAAACAGGGCUGCAACUUCUGGGUAUUGGAAAGCAACUGGUACUGAUAAGCCUGUGUUAACCUCUGGUGGAACACAAAAGGUUGGGGUGAAGAAAGCUUUGGUUUUCUAUGGAGGGAAGCCUCCAAGAGGGAUCAAAACCAAUUGGAUCAUGCAUGAGUAUAGGCUUGCUGAUAACAAGCCUAAUAAUAGGCCUCCUGGUUGUGACUUGGGCAACAAGAAAAACUCUCUAAGGCUUGAUGAUUGGGUGCUGUGCCGAAUCUACAAGAAGAAUAACACACAUAGGUCCCCUAUGGAACAUGAGAGGGAAGAUUCAAUGGAUGAUAUGAUUGGAGGGAUUCCUCCUUCCCUCAACGUUGGCCAAAUGAAUGCGAGGUUUCAUCUUUCAAAGAUUUCAACAAGCUACAACAACAACAACAAUAACAGUGCAUUGUUGGAGAAUGACCAGAACUUAUUGGAAGGAAUGAUGAUAAGUAGUAACGGUGGGAUCAGCACAACUCAGUUGGGAGCCUCAAAUCCCAAGACAGAGCUUCCUUUUGUUCCAACCAUGACUGCUUCUUCAAACACCAAUUCGGCAUCCAAAAGAACUCUCUCAUCACUGUAUUGGAAUGAUGAGGAUGUUGCAGGCACCUCAUCAUCCAACAAACGGUUCAAUUUGGACAGUGGAGAUCAUGGGAGUGUUGUGAGGACAGAAGAGAAUGGCACUGCUAACUCUAUUGCCACUCUGCUUAACCAACUCCCUCAAAACACUUCAUUGCACCAACAAACAAUGCUGGGAUCAAUAGGUGAUGGACUAAUUCGGACACCAUAUCAAAUAUCAGGAAUGAAUUGGUAUGCUUAAGCUCAAUUUCAGGUUAAUUUAUAGGUGGGGGUUAUAAGAUGAUUUAUAUUAUUGAUGCACAAGGAGAUAUUGAACUAUGAAGGAGUCUUCAGCUGGUGAUACCUUACAAUACACUCUCUCGAUCCUUCCAAUUAGAUUGUAAAGAUUUUAAUGGGCUAUUGAGAUUUUGGUUGUUAGGAAUUUGGAAGCAAGUUAGAAUUUUUAAUCAAUUAGAUGGCCUCAAACUUCUUCAGCCAUUGGAGGGAGCUGCGGCCUGUAGACAAUAACAACACAAAAAGGUGAGGCCAUGGAUAUUUUCAUUUCAACUUAAAUAUAGCUUUAUACAUAUAUAUAGAUAUUUGCUUGUUUUAUUGGUAUGUAAUAAAAAAUUAUGGGGCUCUUCAUGUACAAAUACUCAGAAGAGAAAAAAAAGAAGUUCAUAAAAAAUAAUCAGUUAUUAUAUACCUUGAUUUAGGAUACAAGAGAACCUUGUAUAGAUAAUAUAC